GCGGCGCAGCGCAUUGUAGUAGAAUAUAAGUGCAAGCCAUGGCAUCUAUUCGUUUAGGCAUUGCUUCAUAGGCUGCUGUUGGCUGCGGAAUGUCACAUAACGUUUCUGGAAAAUAAUAUAAACUCGUACUCGAGGUUUUGCGUUGACAUUUUGACACUUUUACAGCGAUCUGCGCCAUUAAAAAAAUCCCAUGUAAAGUAAUUCUAAACACAUGUGUGCGAGUGUGCCAUAUACGAGGAACUAUAAAAUAAAAAGUUAACUUUUCGUCGAAUUAAUGUCACGAUAUCGUCGAUACACUCAAGAGUGGAGUACAUUGUAACAAUAACGACGAAUCGUUUUAUAUUUUAUAUAUAGUUGCUAUUUGCCGGCGAACUUCGCACUCCACACCGCAUCGUUUAGAGUCAAUCGACUGUUUGUUUCGUUACUAUAUCAUGCCAUACAUGCAGCAACAGCGGCUACGGUCGCAGCGCAGCAGCAGUCUUACAUCGUAUGUCAAACAGGCAGCUGUAAAUCGUUAAUCUCUAUCAACGUAGAACUCUAACUCGAAGUCUUCGUAGUCGUCGUCGUCGUUGCAACACAUAACAUUCGAAAAGCUCUCGAGUAUCGGCGCGCUCCACCACCGACGACGUGCACGGAGCAGAGUGUCUUCGCCUGAAUCGUGUGCAGUUGUCGCGCAGUUUCGCACUGUAUUACCACCUGUGCGCACACGAUCGCGGAUAUCAUCUUCCAAUGGAGCUGUCGCCGCGUGAGAUGGACAGUUGAAUUUUCUCGAAGACUCACAAUUGGCAAAUCCUUCGCUGUCGUCAUCGCUGCUCUUUCAUAAAUCAUCGAUCGAAAAAUGGGCUGUACGAGAAGCAAAUUGAAAAAUGCACCCGUCUCGCUACCACUACUAUCUGCCCAUUCCAGGCAAGAAUGGAUCGCCUGGAGGCGAUACUUUUUCACGCAUAUCCACGACAAAGACGUGCCGAUUUACAGGCAGAGCGAGGAAUUCUUCCGCCUAAUCGGCGAAGUCGGCUACUCGAUCAUGAAAAAUCUCUACUUCGGCAGCAUCAGCGACGAGCGCAAUCUCGAGAUACUGCUGCACAAAUUCGACGUCUACUUCACUUUUUGCGGCAAAAGGAAACGACCAGACGAGACCCUCGACAAUUAUUUCAAGUCGCUCGAAUCUAUCGCCGAGAAGACAGCAAACAGCAGAGCGAACGUUGAUAAAUAUAUCAAAGAAAAGUUGCUGCAAGACAUGAAGCACGGAAAAAUCUUUGAACAGUUUUUGAAAAUCGUGCCUAUUUUUUCAAAAGUAAGCAACUAUGAAACGUUGACUUCGACUGAAUUGAAGUUCAUUUGGUACGAAUGUGAAUAUCACGAAGAUAUUCGUAAAAGUUGCCAAUUGAUAGAAAAAUUAGAACCAGUUAAAGAAGUAUCAAUAUAUCAGAAAGAAAUUCAACCUAUGAGAAAAAAAAAUAUAUGUUUUAAAUGUGGUCAUGAUCAUAGUGGUAGAAGAUGCCCAGCAUGGGGACAAAGAUGUUGGAAAUGUGGAGAUUUAAAUCAUUUUUUGAGAUGCUGUCCAAAAACAUUCAUUAGAGAUUGUGUGAAUUGUGGAAGAAAUCAUAUUCAAUUUAAAUGUCCUGCUUAUGCCAAAGAAUGUUCAAGGUGUAAGAAGAAUAAUCAUUUUGCAUGGCAGUGCCUUGGUGAUGUUAUUAAUUGUUGUGAUUAUUGUGGCCAAAGCCAUCUUAGUGGUCGCAAUAACUGUCCUGCUGCAAAAAAUAUUUGUAAUAAAUGUCAAAAAAUAGGGCAUUUUACUAGCAAAUGUCGCUCAAGAAGAAAUAGUUUAAGAAAAUAAGUGAAUAAAGCAUGAUGUUCCUAAUCAUUUGAUCCACAAGAGUAUUAAUACAAACUAAAGAUUAAGUAUUAAUACUGAAUUUUUUUUUAUUGUGUUUUGAAAAUUUUCAUUAUUUAAAGUAAUGAAUUAGCAUAUCAUCUUAUUUGAAGAAAUAAUUUAAUUUUUAA